CCGCCUUCCCCGCGUCUCCGGCCGUCCCGCGGCUCCCGCGUGCGUUGAAGAUGGCGGCUGCUGUGGCAAGGUUGCUCCGGGCCCCGCUCGCCCGGCACGUGGGCGCCAUUCCUCGGGGCAGGCCUGCUGCUUCCGGAACAGCGUGCUUGCCGCACAUCUUGCGGUCUGGAGCAAAACUCGCCUUCAGCACCAGUCCCGCGCACUGUGCUCCUGCAGUCACCCAGCCCGCGCCCUAUUUCAAGGGCACAGCCGUCGUCAAUGGCGAGUUCAAAGACCUAAGCCUCGAUGACUUCAAGGGGAAGUACUUGGUGCUGUUCUUCUACCCCCUGGAUUUCACCUUUGUGUGUCCUACAGAAAUUGUCGCUUUUAGUGACAAAGCCAAUGAGUUUCACGAUGUGAACUGUGAAGUUGUCGCCGUCUCCGUGGAUUCCCACUUUAGCCAUCUCGCCUGGAUCAACACACCACGGAAGAACGGCGGCUUGGGCCACAUGAACAUCGCGCUCUUGUCGGACUUAACCAAGCAGAUAGCCCGGGACUACGGCGUGCUGUUGGAGGGCCCCGGGCUCGCUCUGAGAGGCCUCUUCAUAAUUGACCCCAAUGGGAUCAUCAAGCACCUGAGCGUCAACGACCUCCCAGUGGGCCGGAGCGUGGAGGAGACCCUGCGCCUGGUGAAGGCCUUCCAGUAUGUGGAGACCCACGGGGAAGUCUGCCCAGCGAACUGGACACCAGAUUCUCCUACGAUCAAGCCACAUCCAACCGCAUCCAAGGAGUACUUUGAGAAGGUCAAUCAGUAGCUCCUCCCACGUGCACCUGCACCCUCUCAGCCCAGAAGACACCCACAGCCAGAGUCCACUUGUAGCAUUUCAAAGGUGAUUGUAGAAGGCAAAAGAACAGUUAGGCUUAUUGUGAUGAAUAAUUAUCCUGAAUGUUUUGCUUCUAUAACGCUGGCUAAGGCAGGGGUGGUUAGCUGCUGACACAAGGAGCCGCACCGGAACCCUGGAGGGCCGGCCUGUGCCUGCAGAACCCUCAUUUGCCUGCUUCUUAGCAUCUUCCGUUAGGGAGAGCACUGUUCGUAGCCUGGCUCCUAGCUUCCUGUGCGUCAGAGCCCUGGGAGCUUCUGACCAAGGGUCCUGGAAUUUUCUUCUUGAAUUUCUUUGCAGUAAGCUGAUUUUUUUUUUAAGAUAUCAAAGAUUCUUUUCAGCAGCAAGAGUCUAAUGAAUCUUGCAAUGCUGUGCUCCUGAAGGUGAUGGAAACACGUGAAUCAUGUUAAAAGCCGUGGCAGCAGAGUGGCCUAACCGAUCACGCGUGGUCCCCAGCCCUGAGACUUGUGGUUUAUGGAGCUGUUUUACCGGCUUUGUUCUUUAGCUGACUUAUUUACCUGCAUUUCUAGAUACUGAUGAAGUGUAAUUAUAAAAAGAUAUUUAUUGAAUCCAGGGAUGGCAUUUUGAAAUCAUGGUAAUUCUCUCGAAGUAUUCAACAUAAAAUACAUAAUAAACAUAUU